CCGGCGGUGUUGACAAUCAUGGGACUCGAUGAGAACAGCAAGUGCACAUCACACUGGGAGAGUCUGUUGUUCCCAAUGACACAACGCCAGUAGAACAACAAGUGAAUGCCUGUAGAUGUAGAACAACAUGCAAGUAAAUGCAUGUAGAACAACAAGUGAAUAUGUCUGUAUAAGAACAAGUGAACGCCUGUAGAACAACAAGUGAAUGACUGUUGAACAACAAAUGAAUGCCUGUAGAACAACAAGUAAACACCCAUGGAACAACAAGUGAGCGCCUGUAGAACAACAAGUAAACACUCAUGGAACAACAAGUGAGAGCCUGUAGAGCAACAAAUGAACACCCAUAGAACAACAAGUGCACGUCUGUGGAACAGCAAGUGAACGUCGCACGAUCAACGGCAGGACGCGCGCGAUGCAGCCCACGGCAGAAAUAAAGCGCCUCCUGGCAGAGGAUUCCGACGACGCGGACGAAGACGUACACUUCUCUGCGGGCGUGGAGCCGCUGACGACGACGCGGGACUUUGACUCGGUGCUGGAGGCGGUGGGCAGCCUCGGACGCUGGCACGUGCGGCCCGUCAUCGUGACGUGCGUCUUCGGCAUCGCGCUGUCGCUGCAGAACGUCGCGACGACGUUCAUCGCGGCCACGCCCGACCACUGGUGCAGCGCGCCCGCGCUCGCGCACCUCGACGCGGACGAGUGCAAGAACGCGAGCAUCCCGAGAGAGAUGCGCGACGGGGAGGUGGCGUUCGCACGAUGCUCGAUGUACCGCGGAGCGCUCAAUGACAGCGACGACCGGACGGUCGUGCCGUGCCAGCACGGGUGGAGCUACGACAUGCCGGCGGGUGCCAGCACCGUCGUCACCGACUGGGACCUCGUUUGUAGGUGGGAGUGGCUGGCAGCUGGCGUACAGAGCUUCUACAUGUUUGGGUUUCUUGUGGGAUGCAUCAUACCAAGUGCAUUAUCUGACAGGAAGGGCAGGAGGACUACGAUGAUGAUAUGCAUAGCAGUGUUCUGUCUCAGCUCAAUCCUCGCUGCCUUCGCGCAAUCCUAUAAAGUCUUCUGCUUCUUCCGCUUCCUCAUCGGGGUGUCCGGAGGGGGCGCCAUGAACUGUACAUACGUCUAUGCAUUAGAGAAUGUUGGAGCUCCGUACAGAAACCGUGUCAGCAACACAAUGCAUCUCAUCGGAAUAUUCGGACUCCUGCUGCUGCCUGUCUUCUCCUGGCUGUUCCCCAGGUGGCAGCACAUGCAGCUUGCCAUCUCCAUCUGGGUGGUGAUAUGCAUGAGCUUUUAUUUCCUGAUCCCGGAGUCGCCGCGCUGGCUGUACGCGGAGGGACGGCGGGAGGAGUGCGAGCAAGCCCUGCGUCGCAUCGCUCGCAGCAACGGCACCACCUACCCCGAGCAUGUACAGCUGAAGCUUGACAGAAAGAAGCAUCUGGUGAAGUCUCCUGAUGGCAAGGUGAGAGAGCCCAGCAUCCUAGACACAGUGCGUACACCGAAUAUGAGGCGAAAAUCACUCAACCUGAUGUUUCAGUGGUUCACGGUCUCGCUCGUCUACUACGGCCUCACGCUCGGCUCGACCGGCUGGACGAAGAAUCCCUACGUGGGCUUCACGGUGAACGUGCUCGCCGAGUUCCCGUCGGUGCUGCUCUGCGCCGCGCUGCUCAAGUAUUGCGGCCGCCGCCUCGCUCUCGCCUCCACCAUGCUGCUGGCCGGCGGAUUCUGCCUACUCACCGCCGUGCCGUGGCUGCCGCUGAAUGAGUGGAUCUUGCCCCUGCUGGCGUCGCUGGGUAAGAUGUUCGUCGCGGCGACGUUUGCCACCGUCUACAUCUACAGCAGUGAGCUGUACCCGACAGUGCUGCGCAACGUGGGCCUCGGAAGCAACUCUGUACUCGCACGCAUCGGCGCCAUGGCUGCUCCCUACAUCAAUCUGCUGGGGGAGCAUGAGAAGCGGCUGCCAUUGGUUCUGUUCAGCGCGCUCGCCGUGGCGGCGUCCGUCGUCGCGAUGCUGCUGCCGGAGACUCGGGAUCAGUUGCUACCGGAGACACUGGAAGAUGCGGAGCUGUUUGGCCGAGACCAGCAGCUGUGUCAGCUUUAUCCCCCGCCACCCACCCAGUAUUCACGUCAUCCUGGUAGGGCAGGAAAACACGAGAAAUAGAUCCAAGAUUCCAGGAACUCCUGAUAUGAGAGGAAAAUACGAAAAAUAGAUCCGAACAUAUAUAAACUCGUGAAAGGAAGAGAAAUCACAAGAAAUAGAGACCAGCAUACAUGAACUCCUGCUAGGAUGAGAAUACAGGAGAAAGAAGUCCCAGUGUCCAAAAUAAUUACUCUGUUUUAUGAUCACGUAUUUAUUUUUAGCUCACCUUGACAUCGGCAAGCUGAGCUAUUGCCAUAUGGGUCGUCGUACGUCCGUCCGUCCG